AUUCGAAUGGUCAGAGGUCAACUUAUGUAAACUGACCCAGAAAUUUGGAGUGCGUGUACGUGUGCGUGUGUUUGGUCGGAAUAGAAGUCGCAACUAUCAUGUUUUUGUGGCGAAAAAUCGGUAUUUUAGGUUCAGGACUAUGUAGCGCAUUCGUUUUACACGAAUAUUUGUUGGACAGGAAAGACGUUUUUCGGGUCCAGGCGUUCAGUUUUUGGAGAAGUAGUAAUGUGGAGGAGGAGGGGCAAGGUUUGGAACUCAAACUUGUACAGAUCGUCUUCAGGCAUGGCGCCAGAACUCCGAUAUCACGGCUACCUCCCAGUAUAGAACAGGCUACAUGGAGUUCAGACCUAGUGAAGACUGUCCCCCACACACUGAUAGACUACCGUGUGGUGAGUCUAGAUGGUGGAGCCCAGCCCCCCUCCCCAGUGGAGGAUAGCUACCAGAAACAUGGACCUCACAAAGGUGGUGCUCGUUGGGGACAGCUGACAACUCUGGGACAGCAGCAAAUGUUUGACCUUGGACAGCUCCUGAGGAAGCACUACGUUGAGAACAACAGAUUCAUAGAUCCUGGUUAUAACCCACAGCAAGUGUAUGUACGAAGCACUAACAUCAAGAGGACCGUAGAGUCUGCCCGGUGUGUGCUGGCAGGGCUGUUUGGAAACUCACAGUCAGACAGGGAAGAUCCAAUCAGAAUAUACACAAGUCACGUCAACAAAGAAAUAUUCUGGCCUAACUAUGUACACUGUGGGCACUUAGGGGCAUUUUGGAAGACUGCAUGGGGUUUGCUGGACACUGCUCUACCAGGGUACAGGGAGGACAGGCUGAAACUGCAGCAUAUACUGGGGAUACAAGAGGCCAGGCAGUUUAACAUAUUUGGUCUGAGAGAUGAACUAACAGCUCGAAAGGCACAUGACCUACCUAUCCCAGAAAACCUUGCAGCCCUGGAGGACGUAGUUGAACAGAGAGCGACCCAGUGCAUGGCGGCGCUGGUGUCAGGGGUCGAAGACGGACAUUCUCACGCCCUGCGGCUUUCAACAGGACCAGUCAUCAACCUGCUUACACAGAACAUGCAAAGGGCACAAAACUCAGAGAACUGCCACAAGUUGCACCUGUACUCCGGCCAUGACACCACCCUGAUCCCACUACUGAAGGCUCUGGGCAUCUUUGAUGACCGCUGGCCACCAUACGCUGCCCAUGUCACUCUGGAGCUGUACCAAGAUGCCAAAAAGAACAACUUUGUUAAGGUUUUGUACCUUGAAGAGGAAAAGCAAGUACAAGGCUGCAGUGCUGUCCUGUGUCCAUUUGAAGAGUUCAAGGAGGCCAUGGCAACAGUAGCUUUGUCCCAUAAGGCUUUUUGGGAGAACUGCAAAAUUGAUCAGAAGAAGGCUUCCCAGAUUACUGUAUGAUGUAAUAUUGUGGAAGUACAAAAUGUACUUCACAUGUCAGCCUAUAGUUAGGGAAUAAGAAUCAUUUUUAACAUAAGUUGGUCUCUUGAUAGUUUUCAGAGUCUGCAAUGCAAUAUACGCUCAAUACAAAAUGUUCAGAUACAAAAUGUACUUAACUUUUCCAUCACAUGUCCAUUAUUGUUUUAUCAAUUGUUUAGUAUUAUGUAUCAUUGAGAGGCCUAUCUAUUAACUUUUACAUUGAUACCAUAUUUGUCAUGAUCCUACAUUGGUGCUCAACCCUUCUGAACGCACAAUCAUAGCACACAGUGUAUCAUUAAAAAGGGCAAUAGAUAAAGGCCCCAUUGAUAUCUAGUACUGUGUAAUUGAUAAAAUGAUAUAUAUAGCACAGAUAUGAUAACUCAAUUUCAAAACGUUUUGUGUUGGAUGAAGUUCAACAGCAAAGCUUUGUCUCUAUGGCAUAUUACACUUUUCUCCAAAGAGUUCCAGAUAUACAUCAAUAAUAUGAUGUAUGUUACAUUUUGCCUCUAUAUGAAAAUAGCUGUACACAAAAACUGCUAUACAAAAAUCUUUACAUUAGAUCCAGUUGUUCGAAAGAUUGAAAGUUGAUUUUGCUCAUUUGUCAGGACUGCUCAUAGUGUAAUUCAGUGCUUAGGUAUGUGUGUGUUGGUGUUUCUUUUACAAUGGGGAAAAUGUGCUUUGUUUGAAAAUGUGCAUGUUGAAUGGAGAUUACUGUGUUAGCCUGACUAAAUCAAUCUUCUAGCAGCCCUUUCAUUGGUCAGGAGCCUAGAAGCUUGAUGGCCAACAUGUAUAAGUCAUCCUGUCAAUCUAUGCAAAUGUGCUGACAUUUACCAAUGGUUGCCAGACUGAGGCCUGCCUGUUACCAUGGUAUUGGAGGCUGCGAUGACAUGUUUCCAUGGUGAUAGAUAAUCCUGGGUUUCUAUUGGUAACUCUGGAAAAGGGAAUGAUCUGGAUACUGAAAGAACUGUGAAACUUAUAUUGGUAUAGUCAUCUUACUCUUAAAUAUUGGACAACAUAAAGGCAUUUCUCUGAUUGCUGACGGUUAGUGACCACACCCCUAAUACUGUUUUUCUCAGGUUGGAAAGGCAGGGUUAAUAUAGUAAGACAUUUGCCACAAGAGUCAACCCUGUGUGAGGGUGGAUAUACAUGUACAAUGUAUGUGGUAGAAGUAAAAGCUGUCAUUUUCCAAAAUAGGCAGCACAACAUAAUUGUACACAUCCUUGCAUCUUUAUAAUGUUGUAUACAAUGGAACCGAUACAGCAAUGCUUGUGGCCAGACACCUCUAAGAUUUUCACAGCAGAUUUGGGAUAUCUUUAAGACAGUUUUUAGUGUGUCAUACACAUUCAGCUGUUGUGACUACAUGCACAAAGAUUGUCAUGGAUGAUUUUACAAAAUAAAGAC